AAAAGGGAAGUACAGUGUGUGGCCGUUUAUGAUCGGUAUCCGUGUAAAUGUUUUUAGAAACUAGUCCGAACAUUUUUUGAUGGUUUCUGCGUCGUUAUACUUUGCCUAAAGUAGAUAUAUUUUAUGUUGGAUCAACAGGAUCACAACGGACACGUAUGGAUUAUGGAAACGCAACUUUAAGUGACGAUUCUAUGUUUUUAUAAAGCAGUAAAGUGCCUUUCGGUUAGUAAUAUUUUACAUUUAAGCUGUGAGAAAGGACGGGCACGAUGCGUUUCACAGUUUUUGUGUGGCAGAUCUUCUUUAUGCUGUGGCUUCACGCAGUUUGUUACGGAAUCCCUGUAAACAGUUUAGGGCCAACAGAAGAGGACUUGACGUGUUUUAAUGACUACGAAACAGAAGUAAAAUGCCAUCUUUCUUCUGUCAGUCUUACAAGCUGCUCUGAAUACAAGCUGAAUGUCACCCAAGAGAUUACAACACAAGAGUUCGAUAAAUAUUCAUGCAUUUUUGAGCGAAGUGCCAGCGAUUGUGAAUGCACGUAUAAAGUGCCACUAUUUGUGGUACGUGAGGACUUCAUUACUGAACUUUUGAAGGGAGUGAAUGUUUUAUUAACUAAAAAAAUGACGACUGAGAACUUCAUCAAACCGAAAACUCCAGACUUAUCAGUUGAGACGACUAAAAAUGGAAACUUUAUAGUGAAGUGGAACAGCAAGUAUAAGCAGGAAACAAAUUUUGUGAACUCACUAAAAAUACACCUGACCUAUGGGUACGAAGGAGAAAAGGAAAAGAGAACCGUGGGCAUGCAGGACUCUGUGAAACAAUAUGAAAUUAUAGGUUCACGCCUAAAGGCAAAAACCACAUACGUCCUGACGGCAAAAAUGAGCACAGGCUACAAUGAUCAUCGGAUAUAUAGCGACGAAAGCAUACCAAUAGAGUUUAUAACAACCUCAUCACAAUAUGAACAAUUCAACAUCAUUCCAGUUGUUUGUGUUGCUUUGAUCAUUCUUAUAAUCACAAUCUUCAUUUUUAUUUUCAGCAUUAAGAAAAGAUGGUGGGACAAGAUUUCCAAGCCAAACAUUUAUCUCGGAGACAACAUUAUAAAUAAUACAAAAUUGACUCCAAUGUUUCCACCAACCUCCACGGCAAUCUCCCAAAUCUGGGUGGAUAAUUCAAAACAGGACCUCAAGGAGGAAAAGAAAUUUAUGUUGCCGUCAUCAGUAGAUAUUGGCAGUGAGAAAAGUUGUAAUAGUGACAAAGAAUCAGUGGAUUAUGCCCAGACUUGCUCUGUUUCCCGGGAAAUGGACAACAACAUUGCACGCACGGAACGUGACCUGGAUAAGUUGAUGGGGCACCUGUUGAAAAACCAAACACAAAUGCCACCUGGAAAUAGUCUCGAUAUAGAAUGCAACUAUGCCAACAACACAGAUUCUGGGAAUUGCUCCGGCUCAUCGUUUUUUACUAAUAAGUCUUACCAGUACAAUGUAACACCAUCAGACAACUUUUCAACGCUUGAACCGAUGCCCUGUGAUCCCUCUUAUAUGAGUGGGUCCAACAUUAACAGUGAUAACAGCGGCCAGUUUAAUUCUACCAUUAACAACAUUUCGGAAAGAAAACCUGCAGGGUUUGUUGAUGAUGAAAUGCUAAACGUGAAAAAUCUCUUGAUCUCCAAAAAUCCACUGUAUCCCACCGGAUCCCCUCUGUGUCUCAUUCCAUGUGAUGAUGGAUAUCAAGAUGUUCGAAGCUUAGAGAUGAAUACAACAGGGCAUUGCAGCUCAACCAUUGGAGCUGAAGUAGCACUCGGCGAGUGUGGAGCAAUGAAAGCUUUUGAGAUGGCAAAUCCCAGCACUGGCCAAGCAUUAAAACAAAAUUCUUGGAUACCUGCUUUGCAUAUCCAGAACAGGAUUCAAAUAGAUGAUGCAUAUCAUCCUGUUUAACUGUGCUGUAAAGAUAAACAGUAGUAGCUGUAAAUGUUCAUUUUAUAUGUAACCUCCACAGCUAUUAUGCUUAUAGUGACUUAUUUCGACUGCAUUACCUUUUAUAGCAGCAUGCUGACUCUAAAUAAAAUCCCUGCAGAUGAUGUACUUAAAUGCUUAAAUGCUUGACGCCAUGCAUUACUGCUCUUUAAAUUUUUAAUGAGAAAAAAAUUACAACGUGAACAGAUGUUUGUAUGCAAUAUGACUUUAGGCGUUUUUGUUUAUAAUUUGUAUAGAUUUUUUAUUUUGAUACUGUCAACAUCAAACACAGCUUGCCUUGCAACUUAACCUUACUUGUUAACGAAAGUAUACGUACAAAACUGGUAAUGACGCAACCAUUCAGAAUUUCAUACUAACCACCUGUUGUCCACUGUAUUUCAUAAUAACAAAUGUAGUGUAAAUACCUCAAUCAUUCACAAUAAAGUAAAGUACGUA